GCUGAGAGACGGCAGAGGAGGGGGAGAGAGAGAGAGAGGGAGGGAGAAGCCUUAGCGUUACAGUGAAGGAUUGCCCUCUGAGAAGAUGUCUUCAAAUAAAGACCGAAUGGUUGUCUGAGGUGCCGAGAAGAGCUGGAUUUAACCCGAGAAGCGGCGUGUGUUGUUACCGAGCCGGCGUGUCAGUGAGGGAUGCCGCCAGCAUCCAGCUGCGACUGCCCCCACCUGGACUGUGUGGGGGAAAUCACCAAGGAGGAACUCAUCCAGAAGUCCCAUGGCCAGUGUCAAGACUGUAAAGUCAGGGGGCCGAACCUGUGGGCGUGUUUGGAGAACGGCUGCGCGUAUGUCGGCUGCGGAGAAUCCCAUGCUGACCACAGCACAGUCCACUCACAGGAGACGCGGCACAACCUCACCGUGAAUCUGACUACGCUCCGAGUGUGGUGCUACGCUUGUGGCAAAGAGGUUUUCCUGGAGCGUAAAUUAGGACCUCACUCUCCCCACGCCAUCGUCAAACCUCUUCCCUCGUCCCAGAAUGCCUUUCAGGAUGACGGCAGGACACCCGAGAGCCCAAGCUCUCUGAGACUGCCCUCUAAUGCAGGUUAUGAAGACUUGGACAUGGAGACGGAGGAGGAGGAUGAGCUGCGGGCCAGAGGUCUGACGGGGCUGAAGAACAUCGGCAACACCUGCUACAUGAACGCCGCCCUCCAAGCCCUUUCUAACUGCCCGCCCUUGACACAGUUUUUUCUUGAAUGUGGUGGCUUGGUAAGGACGGACAAGAAGCCUGCCCUCUGCAAAAGCUACCAGAAGCUGGUGUCCGACCUGUGGCACAAGAACAGACCCUCUUAUGUUGUUCCAACCAACUUGUUCCAGGGGAUCAAAGCCAUAAACCCCAUGUUUAGAGGAUAUUCUCAGCAGGAUUCCCAGGAAUUUCUGCGCUGCUUGAUGGACCAACUUCACGAGGAGCUGAAGGAGCCUGUGUCGGAGCCCUUCGACCCGUCCAACAGCGUCGCCGUGGACGACGUCCCCGAGGAGGACGGCCGCAGCCAGUCGGACAACGACUUCCAGUCCUGCGAGUCGUGCGGGAGCGGCGAGCGCGCCGCCGACAACGAGGCGCCGUGCAGCAACGUGGCGAUGGAGAACAGCAACGAGGCCGAGACGCGCAUCCUUGAGCAGGAGGAGAUCCAGGCCAACAGGGAGUGGCAGAAGGAGAAGAACAUGAUCAACGACCUGUACCGCUCCGGGGUUAACGGGGCGGACAUCGAUAAGGACGUUGACACCGCCACGGAGACCACGCCCAUCAUCAGCAGCCAAGGAGCCCUCAAGGUUCAAGGCAGGACGUCAGAUUGCUUUUCCGAUAUCCAAAUGUGCAACAUCACAAGACCCCACAGUCCAGUCGCUGCGGAAGGACAUAUUCCCAAAACGUCCAGCAGCCCUCCCAAAGCUACGUCUGGAUGGCUGAACUUAAACCCCGCACAUAAGAAAGCGGUCACCACGUUCUCUCCCCCGAGGAACAAGCGUCAGAAGAAAUACCGCAGCGUCAUCUCAGACGUCUUCGACGGGACCAUAGUCAGUUCGGUUCAGUGCCUCACCUGCGAUCGGGUAUCCGUGACCCUGGAGAACUUCCAGGAUAUCUCGCUGCCCAUCCCGGGGAAAGAGGACCUGGCCAAACUGCACUCGGCAACCCACCAGACCUCCCUGGUGAAAGCCGGCUCCUGCGGGGAAGCUUAUGCCCCUCAAGGCUGGAUAGCAUUCGUCAUGGAGUACAUCAAAAGCUGGUUCUGGGGUCCAGUGGUUACACUACAAGACUGCCUUGCUGCUUUCUUUGCCAGGGAUGAACUAAAGGGAGACAACAUGUAUAGCUGUGAAAAAUGCAAAAAGCUACGAAACGGAGUCAAAUUUUGUAAAAUGCAGAAUUUGCCAGAGAUCCUGUGCGUCCACCUGAAGCGCUUCAGGCACGAGCUCAUGUACUCGACCAAGAUCGGCACCCACGUCUCGUUCCCACUGGAGGGCCUGGACCUGCAGCCUUUCCUGGCCAAGGACGGCGCCGCCCAGACCACCAGCUACGACCUGCUGUCCGUCAUCUGUCACCACGGCACCGCCAGCAGCGGCCACUACAUAGCGUACUGCAGGAACGACGUCAACAACCUGUGGUAUGAGUUCGACGACCAGAGCGUGACCGAGGUGUCCGAGUCCUGCGUCCAGAACGCCGAGGCUUACGUGCUCUUUUACAAAAAGAGCAACGAGGACGCGGUGAGGGAACGCCGGAGGGUGUCGGGGCUGUUGAACAUGAUGGAGCCCAGCCUCCUGCAGUUCUACGUCUCGCGGCAGUGGCUCAACAAGUUCAAGACGUUCGCCGAGCCGGGCCCCAUUUCCAACGACGACUUCCUCUGUGCGCAUGGAGGCGUGCCGCCCAGCAAAGCCUCCUUCAUCGACGACCUGGUGGUGAUGCUGCCCCAGAACGUGUGGGACCACCUCUACAGCAGGUACGGAGGGGGGCCUGCUGUCAACCACCUGUACGUUUGCCACACGUGCCAGAUCGAGACGGAAAAGCUGGAGAAACGGCGCAAGCAGGAGCUGGACAUGUUUGUCAGGCUGAACAAGGCGUUCCAGGAGGAGGAGUCUCCGGUGGUCAUAUACUGCAUCAGCAUGCAGUGGUUUCGUGAGUGGGAGGGCUUUGUCAAAGGAAAAGACAAUGAUCCGCCCGGACCAAUUGAUAAUUCCAAGAUAACCAUAAACAAGAACGGACAUUUUAUCCUCAAACAAGCCGCCGACUCCGGGCAGAUCUCUGAAGAAACGUGGAACUUCCUCUACUCCAUCUACGGCGGCGGUCCCCUGGUGACGGUGCGACCGAGCGUCAGCCACCAGGAAGCAGAACCCUCGCAGUCGGAAGAGAAGAUCGAGAUGGAGACGCGCUCAGUUUAAACGAAACACUUGACAGCAGACCAAGAAACAUUCAUGGGAAUAAUAAUAAUAAUAAUAAUAAUAAAAACAGAAGGUUUUCUAUUUUGCACUUUUAUUUCUAAUGCAUCCAAUCAAAGGACCUCAUCUUUACUGCUAUGUGACGGCCUUUCGACAGCGGGAUUUUACAUGUCUUUAAAGGCUUGCCGUGUUGUAAAAAAUAUGUAUAAAGCGCUGUUAGAUUUCUAUUGCCACUGUAUAUUUCACAUGUUGGGAUUUCAUUUUUUUUUUUUUUUUUUUUUUCAGAAACGAGCAUUUAAAUCUCCUGUAUGCGCAGCUAAAACUUCCUCUGAAUGCCAUAUUUCUUUUUCCAUGUCUUGACCAAACGAGCACAUAAUGUACGUCCAUGUGUCGCUAAUAUCGAUGAAUCACAUUACACUUUGCUGUAAAUAUAUCACACGUUUAUUCCUCUUGCAAGAGAAGGGCAAGGAACGAAGAAAAUGUGAUCAAAUCAAAAGGCUAUGAAGGGACUAAAUUGCUGAGUAGUCUCAGGAAUGACUUUUGUUUUUGCACUGUUCUGUGUACAUGCAAAUUCGGGCAUGCACAAUGCGGAUGUCUAGUUUGUAUUUGAAUGUAACAGUACUGAUAGUAUGUUGGUCGGAAUUCAGCACUUGAUUAUUAUUUAUCACUAAAAAAAAGAAAAAAAGAAGAAAAAGUUUGAUUCAAUGUGUCAAUCGAUUGUUUUUCUUUUGUGGAAAAAUAGCUGGCAGGCAGACUAAUAAACGCAUGCUUAACACUCGAGCACAGAUGAACUCAAUAGUCACAAUAGAGAUUGCAUGUAGACGCAUAAAACGUGCAUUUUUAGGCCAGGUGUAUCUUCACAGAACUGUACAGCUAUAAAGCAUCUUGUAAGAAACGAGAACCAUCAGCUAUCUGAUUAAUUAAAGGCAUUAUUUUUGUGUACGGGCAUGAUUUUUUUUGCUUUAAAGUGCUGGCUGAUAGGGUUACCUGAAUGCUGUAUUCCAAGUUUAUGCAUUCGACUAAGAUUUAUCCUUUAUAUUUAUUAUAUUUUGCUGGCUGACACUAUUAAAACUUGAUGUAAACACGC